AUGGCAGCAGCAGACUCGAGCACGCCAUAUGCCAUCCUGGGUCCACCGAGGGUGGGCAAGACUUCGCUGCUUGUCUCGUAUGCCUACCACCAGUUUCCCGAGCCGAGCCAACUCGCCGAGCUCAUCCACGACGAGGUCUACCGCAAGUCACCCGUCAUCGACAACGUCCCCAACUGCAUCACCAUUCUCGAUGCUGUUGAUGUUCUCGACCGCGAGUCGAGCAUAUUCUACUCGCCCGAUGUCCAUGCCCAUGGCAUCCUCUGUCUCUACGCUGUCGAUGAUCGCACCUCGUUUGAUGCCCUCGACGAGAUCAUCGCUGCUGUCCGCAGCCAUCCCGAGCCGCUCAUCGAUGGCCGGCCGAGAGAAAUUGUCAUAGUGGCCACCAAGACCGACGUUGACCCUGCUGUAGUCUCGUCCGAUGAGGGUCACGCCAAGGCCGCUGCUCUCCGCGUGCCAUUUGUCGAAACGUCGGCCAAGACUCGCCAUGGCGUCGACCUCGCCUUUGUCACUCUCAUUCGCAGCAUCGACGCUGCCAGAGAAGCACACGCCGCCGCUUCUCGUCCCCAGCUCCGGCACCGCUGCUCCCUGCUGUAACACUUCCUCUCCUCCGCC